AUGGAACAACAAUCAUUUGAAAGUUUUAGAUUACAAAGAAUUAUUGAAGAUAUAUCAUUAUUAAGAUUAGAAUGUGAUUGGAUAAAUGAUCAAACUGAACAAUCAUUUAAAUCUAUUAUUGAAAAGGGAAAAUCCGAUUUUCUUUAUCAAGAAUUAAUUUGGUCAAUUGGUAAAGAAUUAUCAGUUUAUUAUAAUAUUCAAUGGCCAACAAAAAUGGAAAAAAUUGAAAAAGCUGGAGAAUUUAAUCAACAAUUAAAUGAACCAUUUGAAAAAUUAUUAAAAGAAUGUGAUUAUCAAGAAAUUACAAAUAUUGAAGAUUCAUACUUUAAUAGAUUAUCUCUUAUUGAAUUUUUAUUUUUACAAUUACAAACUUUUCAAUUAGAAUUAUUUUUAAAAAUGAAUAAUAAUAAUAAUAAUAAUAAUAAUAAUAAUAAUAAUAAUAAUAAUAAAAAUAAUGAGAAUAAUAAUAAUGAUGAAGAAAUGAAAGAUAUUGAAUUAAUUAAUAAUGAAGAUUUUAUAAUUAAUCAAAUUCAAAUACUAAGUGAUUUAUUUAAUGUUGAAUUUAAUAAUUUUGAUAAUUUUUCAAAUUCAAUUAAUCAAAUUAAUGAAAAGAUUAAAGAGACAUUAAAACUUUUACCAAGUGAUUUUAUGAGUGAACCAUUUUUAAAGAAUACUGAAUUUACAGAGAAGCAAAUUCAAGAGAUUCAAGAAAUGAGUGAUUCUCUAUACCAAGAUUAUAAGAAAAGAAGUAUUGUACUUCAAAAAAGAUUAGACGUAACAGUGGAAUCUUUACUUUGGAGUGAACGUAUCGCUGACAAACUUCAAGAGAUCAACAGAUCCGUUAGAUACUACAUUCAAGCAUUACCAUCACUCAAUCAUUACUCAUUUUUCGAUUUAAAAAAUGUUCAUAAAGAUUUAUUACACAUCAUUCGUACUAGUACUCAUAGUGCUUCCUCUCAACUAUUAACUGGUUCAGUCUUAGUUGGUAAAGUACCAGAUCGUGGUGGUAGAACAAAUGAUCGUAAAAUUCCAAUGCCAUCAUUCCAUAAAAGGGAAAUACCUUCUUCAAUUGAUUCUCAUAGACAAAAUAAAAAAUUCUUUAAAAAGAAAUAA